UAAAUGUCUUUAUGAAAUGUUAAGUCAACAAAUUGCAAAAAAAAAUAUUUCUCUGUUGUUUUUAUACCUAGGAGCGACAACAACUGAGGUUGCACCAAGUACAACUAGUCCCACUACAGUUUCUGGUUGUGUAUGUGCUUCCACUGGCGUUGGUGCUAUCAUUGGAGCCCUUUUGGGGGGUAUUGUCAUCGGAGCUGUAGCUGUCAGUGUCAUUGUUGUCUUGAUGCGACGUCAUCGUGACAGAUCGACGCAGCGACCAGACAUGGCUAUCAUAGAUGGCGACGAAGGGCACUACGAGAUGUCUACAGAACCGCCAAGAAAUCAACAAAUACCUCUUGCUGGUCCUUCAGUUAAUAAGAUCAAUCCGCCAGAUGGUCCGACGAACAAGAUGACCAAACCCGCUGUCUAUGAAAGUAUCUCAGAAAACAAAAUGGCCGCCGGGUCCAAAGCGCCUAAAGAUGCCACGUAUGGCAAUGUAGGACCCGAAUUGUCAUUCUCGCGAGAUCUCAUAGUGAUCGAGAACGAGAUUGGGCCAGGUGCGUUCGGGAGAGUGCUUCUCGGUACAGCGCAAGGGAUUAUGGGAGAUGGGAAUCUCACCAAGGUCGCCAUUAAAACACUGAAAGAUGGUGCUGAUGGACAAGCAAAGACCGGCCUCCUGCAGGAGUUGGAUCUAAUGAAGAAAGUGGCACCACAUCCACACGUGGUCAAUCUAUUGGGAUACUGUGUAGAGAAAGAUCCCAUCUACAUCAUCGUUGAAUAUCUCAAUAAAGGUGACCUUAAGAAUGUUCUGAUUGGAUGUAGAUCUGAAGAUACUGGAACUGGUUACAUCAAUAUACAUGGUAUAACUAAAUCACUCUCUAAGACAUUGAUCAAGUUUGCCAGAGAUGUGGCAAGUGGAAUGGCCUUCUUGUCGUCACAAAAGUGUAUCCAUCGUGAUCUGGCUGCCCGUAACGUUCUGGUAAGUGAAGACAUGGUCUGUAAGGUGGCUGACUUUGGACUGGCCCGUGACGUCAUGAAUGUCCGCAUCUACCAGCGGGAAUCAGAGGGAGUUCUGCCCAUGCGCUGGAUGGCACUGGAAUCCCUUCUUGAUGACGUGUACACAACAGAGAGUGACGUAUGGUCUUUUGGGAUUCUCCUUUGGGAGAUCGUUACUCUUGGUGCGAGGCCAUAUCGACUCAUGACUGCAAAGACAAUGGUUGCCCAACUCAAGGAGGGCUACCGUAUGCCUAAACCAAGACACUGCAAGGAAGAGCUAUACUCCAUGAUGAACAGCUGUUGGCUUCAAAAUCCAAACAAGAGACCAACUUUCCGUAGUCUAUUCAAACAGUUGGAGAAGAGUCUGACAAUUGAAGCGGAUUACAUCGAACUUGAUGAUCUGGACGAAAAUAUCUACGAGGAUACAAAGAUAAAUGAUGACAACGAGAAACUAUGAGAGUUUGCUGCCAACUCUCACGAUAAAAUACAUAAGGAUAAUUAUAUAAAAUACUGACUCAUCAAUAGAGUCUUUCGACGCUCUGUUUAAUACAGUAAUAACAUGCAUCAUUACAAAUAAUAUGUAGCGGUUUUAAAAGAGCAGAAAUUAAACUUUAAAAUCAGAGUCAGAGUUGACCGGAAUUAAUUUGUGUCCCUUUUUGGCUUGACACAGAAUGGGUCAAAUUGACCCGGGAUCUGUGUCAAAUUAUUUUAUCCAGAAACGGAGCAAAAAGACGCAGAAUGUAAGUUAGAAACACAUGUAUAACCACUUUCCGGACCCCCUAAAAAUGGUCAGACCCCACGGAAUUUCAAAUCCGGGUCACUCUAACCCACUUUGUAUUAACUAGGUCAAGAGUAGUUAUGAUUUGACAAUAACCAAUGAAAUUAUCUCGUAUUAGUAAUGUAUUGUGUAUUUAUUUUAUUCAAAACUAGAUGAUAGAAAUGAAUCCCCUCUUCCAAUAAACACAGAUGUAAUACCGGUACCUCUUUAUAAUUAGCAAUGAAUGUGUGAUUGAACACACAUCAUAAAAACCAUGUCCCACCAUAAACUGUCAAUCUGCUUCAUAGUACAAAGUGUGUUAUAACGAACUGCUUGUGACAAGUUAGCCUGAACAUCUGACGUCACACGCGAGGCUUGUGAAUAACGCCAGAGACCUGCCUCGAGUCCGGCGUGUACAUUCACCUUUGACCUCGGUCUUUUCACAUAGAGAUACGCAGUCAACUUCUAUUGCGGACGUGGACAGCAGUGUGAGGCUGUUUGGGCAUGGAACGCUCAUGUCACUCCACGUAUCCAAUGAUAUCAUUGUAUCCAAUGGAAUCACUGAUCUUGCGGAUUAAGACAGGAGCCCAGUCUAGUCUCAAGUGAAUCAUCUUGUCUAGCACCCUCAGUUGUCGGUUCCUCUAACUGUAUGGAUUCUAGAUUGCGACAGUCUUCACAUAAUUAUGUUAUUGUGUUUUGCACACUGAGAGAGUUUAGACAACACGAUUAGAUGAAGCCCAUGGCCCAUAUUUUGUUCUCUAGUGAGUUAUUUCUCUUGUAAAUUGUAUUUAGUUAGAGGCAAUAUACUAUUACCAUGGAGGAAUAACCAUGCUAUUACACAGCUCAUGUCACCAACUACAUUGUAAA